CAGUGGUGUAUUAAUUAGCAAGCCAUGGCGUUAUACGCCGUUAGCUUCGUCGGGGUUAGUGUUUCUGCAUCUAACGCAAGCUCCGAGAAAGUCGUUUUGAUUUUCAGAGAACGCACCCCUCCGUCCGCAGCUAGCAAAGUGUAAUUAGCAGCGUCAGCUAACGUCCGAAAAUCCCCUUUAACGCGAACUGGAAGUAUCGUUAUUAACCUAACCGAGAAGACGUACAUGACGACAACAAGACUUAUUAGGAUUAGCUGCUCAUUAUUGUCGUUAACAGACUCCAGCAAGCGUGGUCUCGAGUUGAAACGAGCCUCUUUUCACCUAUUGUGUUAACUCUAACCAAGUUAGGUUCCGUGUCUUGACAUUUUGCCAACUGUUGAGCAGGCGUGAGGUCCGACACCAUGCUAGCCACAGUGACUGCUGUGGUUAGGUUUGCUCAGUACAAUGGCAGUGUUUCACCCUCACCGUUGGAGAACACGUCUGCAUUCCCAACCUGGCAACCUGACACUGAAUCCAACAUCACCAAGCCUCACAAAUGUCUACAAGUUCUGUACGAGGACGUUGGAGACUCCAGGGUGCGCUUCUGGGACAUUUUGCUGCUUGUGCCUAAUGUGGCCUUCUUCGUAUUCCUGAUGUGGAAGCUGCCCUCAGCCAGGGCGAAGAUUCGACUCACCUCCAGCCCCAUCUUUGUCACCUUUUACCUGCUGGUGUUUGUUGUAGCAGCAGUUGGGAUCACCAGGGCCGUUGUGUCCAUGACUGUCAGUGCAUCCAGUGCUGCCACCAUCAUAGACAAAGUGCUCUGGGAAAUCACCCGGUUCUUCCUGCUGGCUAUUGAGCUCAGUGUCAUCAUCCUGGGACUGGCUUUCGGCCACUUGGAGAGCAAGUCCAGUAUAAAGCGUGUGCUGGCUAUUACUGCUGUGCUGGCUCUGGGCUACUCUAUCACACAGGGCACACUAGAGAUCCUGUAUCCAGACAGCCAUCUGUCUGCUGAGGACUUCAACAUCUAUGGUCAUGGAGGACGGCACUUCUGGUUGGCCAGCUCCUGCUUCUUCUUCCUGGUGUACUCUUUGAUUGUGAUUUUGCCUAAAACUCCUGUGAGGGAGAGGAUAUCUCUUCCAUCUAAGAGGAGUUUCUAUGUGUAUGCUGCCAUCCUGUCUCUACUGAACCUUGUCCAGGGCCUGGGCAGCGCUCUGCUAUGUGCUGGCAUCAUAGAAGGACUCUGCUGUGUGGACGUCACCACCUUCCUGUACUUCUCCGCCUUUGCCCCGCUCAUUUAUGUCACAUUCCUCAAGGGUUUCUUUGGUUCAGAGCCCAAGAUCCUGUUCUCCUACAAGUCACAGGUGGACGAGCCUGAUGAAAGCGACGUCCACCUCCCACCAACUGUCGCUACAACCAUCGGCCGCAAGGAGCUGACCGACCAGGGCCUGUACUACUCCUCCACCCAGAUUGAUGGCUCCGGUCCCAGCAGCUCUCGUAUGGUUGGAGCGCACCUGGAUGACGUUGCAUCCGGACCCUAUGGGUCCAGCAGCAUCAACAGCAUCGAAGCGGACCGCUGGAGACCUAUCAACGUAUGAACAGAAGAGGAGAGAUGGUCAUACUGCUGGACUUAAAUGUUGUACAUGUUUAGGGUGUUGGGCACGGUGGUGAUCGGAGAGGAAGAGAAGCAGAACAAACUAGCUGGACGCCAAGAAAAUGUAAUCUUGUUCUUGCUUUGAUGCCAGAAUAAGUUAACAAAUGGACACUUAAGGACGGACCUUUGCUAGGCUGGAGAACUGUGAAUUUAGCAACCGCUUUUGUAACACUGUUGCCAGAGUGCACUGCUGCUGUAGCUCCAACACUAUGAGUGCUUUCCCUCAUCGUGGCCCCGACAGACUCUGUAUUGAUUCUCCAGGCUCUUAAAUUUGAGAGCACACGAUCUCUCUCCGCACAUUUUUCUGUCAUUCCAGCAUCAUGCAUCAGCUGCUAAAUCCUCAAUGAUGGUGACGUUUUAACCCCGUUUUACAAAUUCACAUCUCUAAAAAUCCAACAUUCUUCUGAAGACAGCAUCUUCAUACAUUCCCACUAAAAGCUUUGGAUAACAGCAUCUCAGCUGAUUUUGUUAUCUGCUGCCUUGUAUUAGAUUUGUGACGCAACUGGCUAAUCCUUUUUUUACCUAAUCAUCGUGCCUCUUGACACAAGGCAAGGGACUAGUGCUAUUUCAUUUCGAUAGGUGUACUUUGUCCUCUGAAAUAGGUGCUGUCCCCCCUGUGAACAAGUGUAAGGUGUUAGCUUGAUGUGUGUCACUGCAAUAUGAUAAAGAAAUCAGUAACUCCUAAAUACAGGCAUUGCUUGCAUGUUAAAGAUGACAUAACCAUUUUGUAGAUGCAAGAACACAUCUACAAAUUGCAUCUCAGAUGCUAAUUCCUCCUUUUUUAAAAAAUGUAUUUUGUGCUUUUGCUUUAAUUUCUUAUACCUGAUUAAUCUUUCCUGCUACUGAAAGCACAUUUGUUGGCUUCAUAGUCUUUAAGGAUGUGUUGUUACGUACGUGAUUGGAACAACAAAUGUGCUGAAACAUUUCAUUUCAUAUCAGUGUAUCUAAUUCAGCUGUGCUUGCUGAGUCCUUGAAAAGAAUUAUCUUUAAAUUCCUGCCGAACAAAUGCGGCACAGAUAUGGGUGUUUUUAAUACUGCUGGACUGUGACAGAGCGAAUUAUCCAUUCUGAUCAGUGUUGGGUUUGAAUUAUUUGAUCCUUGGUUCAACUCAUCAGUUUUUGUCAUACCUCCUGAUGUUACUACAAUUUAGUGUUUUUAAACCGCCUCACAUCGAAUCUUGUGGGUGAGCUUCCCCUGAAACUGCUAUAAGCUCGGUAUGAACAGAUUACUGUAUUUAAGAUAGCAGUAUUCACUUAUGGUGGUAAUCUGUACACAAAAUACACAAAAUUACAUUUAUUUUUCCAAAAAGUUUUCCAAAAAGUUGCAGUAUUUGCCUGAUUCUUGAAAUAUAUUCACCGCUGUAUUACUUGGCGUUAGAAUAGUGAUCUGGAAAAUCACUUUGCUGUUUGAUGGAAAUUUACAAGGUACAUUGCAGAGGAAUAGAAGUCCGCUCUCGAUACACAAGAUGUUUGAUGUUAAAGUCAUUCUGCAAAUUAUCUGUAAAUUGCCUUUUUAUUUAAGUGCAUUGAUUGUAAAAUAUUCAGCCCAUAUUAAUGCAAUGUAUUGAACAUUCCAUGAUUUGCAGAAUAAACCAUGGACUCUUGUCA